AAUCUCCCCAAGAAUUUAAGCAGCCAACUCAGUUCCCCCUAGCAUCCCCAGACAUAAAAUAGAUCACAACUCUUUCUAUUGCAAGACCGUGUUUGCAAUAUUGAUCCACCUUUGGAAAUAUGUGAAUGUCAGACACAGGAGAAAAGCAACUUAUCAAUUACAAUUAAUGUGUUCAAAGGGCCCGAAAGGAGAAUACAUAUUUUCAACAUCUAACUUCAAUUAGAAUCAAGAAAUGGAUGCGUGCAGGACUAAAGGCAACACAGUAUGCUCGGAGAAGGUGGUGUGGGCAGAUGAGAACUCUGGAGAUCUUGGUGAGCUCUCGGUGACGAAUGGCCAAUCCUCAAACAUUGGUGAGAUGACAGACUUGGGCUAUCGGGACCAGGCCCUAGAGGUGAAUCCAAGGUGUAAAGACAACAAAGCAACAGUUCCUUGGUUUCCUAGGAGGAUGACAGAAUUAGAUGAAAUUACAAAUCACAAUUUGAAUGCAGAAGUAGAUCUCCAGUCAGAUCACCCAGGGUUUUCCGAUCCAGUGUAUAGACGACGAAGAAACGAGAUUGCUGACAUGGCCUAUGAGUACCGCCAUGGUGAUCGUAUACCGAGAGUUUCAUACACUACGUCCGAGACGGGGACAUGGACUGAAGUCUUCACCAAGCUAUGUGAACUGUAUCAGGAUUGUGCUUGCAAGGAAUUCAUCAGUAAUUUUUCUCAUCUCAUCGAGAACUCCAUAUACCAACCGGACAGCGUCCCCCAGUUAGAAGAUGUAUCGAACUACCUGAAAGAAAGAACGGGAUUUACUCUCCGUCCUGGUGGUGGUCAUCUGACAGCCAGAGACUACUUUGCUGGACUAGCCUUUCGUGUUCAUCACAGCACCCAGUAUAUGCGGCAUCAUGCAAGGCCUAUGUAUACCCCAGAGCCAGAUGUUUGCCAUGAACUACUCGGCCACGUUCCACUCUAUGCUGAUCCGGAGUUUGCUCAAUUUGCCCAGGAAAUUGGUUUACUAUCUCUUGGUGCUUCAGAUGAGCAAAUUGACAAGCUCUCUAAUCUCCUUUGGUUUACUCUUGAGUUUGGGCUGUGCAGACAGAAUGGACAGGUGAAAGCCUACGGAGCGGGGCUACUAUCAUCUUUCGGUGAAUUAGAGUAUUGUUUGACUAAUGAGCCUGAGAUACGAAGUUUUGACCCCGAGAGGACCACAGUCACUGAGUAUCCUGUUUGUAAGUUCCAACCCAUAUACUACUUGGCGGAGAGCUUUCAAGAUGCGAAGGAAAAAGUCAGGGCCUGGUCUAGAGGUAUUGAAAGACCGUUUUCUGUCCAUUAUGACCCUCAAACACAAGCUAUAAAGGUACUGGAUCAUCAUGAUGGCAGUCAUCAAGAUAAUGACCAUUGACACUAGAGCUAGAUGGUGUAUCUACUACAUGCAUUUGAGAACAGCGUAAUCAUCACUGCAGUUACUAUGGUAACUGGAAUUGACAACAGUAGACCAGCGGAUCACAAAAAAAAUUAAUGUACGUUUCGAUGUUUAUCUUUUGUAUUUUACAAAAUUGCAUGCACUGUAAAACCGUGUUUUUUAAUUCUAACCACAUUUUGAAA